AUGGCGUUUCCUCAGAGAAAAAGAACACCUUCUUUCUCUUCCUCUGUUCUUGACUCUAUUUACCGUUCUAUCGACGAAUCCGACGGCCUCCAAAGUGACGGCAAUAACGAAAAUGUCUCAUCACCAUCACCAAACAAAGAAGACGACAAGCUCACAACUCUCCGGCGAGUCAUCAUGGACGACGAACACUGGCUCUAUCCCCGGAGCAGCAGCACCACCAACUCGUCUGAUUCCUCUGCUUUUUCCUCCUCUGAAUCUGAGUCAUACCGAGCAAAGACAAGAUCAAGAAUUAAGCUUGUGGAUCAUCAAAGUGACUCCAAAUCGGAUGGUGAUAAAAAGCUUAAACAAGUGAAGAUGGUUGAGGAGAUAAAGAGACCAAAGCAGCCUCUGUCUCCUGGAGCGCGUCUCACCAGCUUCCUCAACUCAAUCUUCCAAUCUAACGCCAAGAAAGUGAAGCUUUGCUCUGUCGGUAAGACUACAGAGGUCAAGUCCUCUUCUUCAAGGUCUUGUUUCAGCCGAACAAAGUCUAAAACCGACAACAACAACUGUAAUAAUAACUUGAAAAGGUCUGUCAGAUUCUAUCCUGUUAGAGUAACCAUGGACGGAGACUGUAGAGACUAUGUUCACAAAAAAAUUACUCCUGAGAGAAAACCGCUUCCAGAAGUUACUGCAAGGAAGAGAGUAAUGUCGCUCAAAGAGGAGAUUAAGACCAAUAUUCACCAGACUGCGUUGACUUGCAUCACAAGAAAAAAAGGUUUGAAGAAUUGUGCAAGUUACAGAGAUGAAGGUGAUCAAGAAGAGGAGGAUGAUGUUUGGAGUUACUCAAGUUCGGAUCUGUUCGAGCUCGAUAAUAACCGGAUCGGUAUGGGUCGGUACAUAAAAGAACUUCCGGUCUAUGAAACUACUAAUUUCAAGACUAAUCAAGCCAUUGCUCGAGGCUUGCUUUUGUAG